AUGGCUUGGAUGGAAUGUAAUAAAGAGUAUGAAGAAGCUAGGUCUUUAACUUACGUAGAGUUUCCUCAUAAAUUUGUUUUUGAUACGAAGUUAAGGAAAUGGAAACCAAGGAAGAAAGGGAAAGAUAUUGGUAGGAUCACCUAUGUUCCUAUGUCUGUAGGAGAGGCUUAUUAUUUGAGGCUCUUGCUCAAUAUAGUUAUAGGUCCAACGUGUUUCGAACAUAUAAGAACAGUUAAAGGGCAUCAUUAUGAUACAUUCAAAGAUGUUUGCUAUGCCCUUGGGUUACUUGAUAACGACAAAGAAUACAUUCAGGCUAUAAAAGAUGCAAAUCUUAGGCUGUCUACUGACCAGGUUAAAAACUUUUGCUUAGCUGAGAUAGAGAUGCUUCUGCGUACUGCUGGAAAUUCUCUUACAGAUUUUUCACCUAUGUCGUAUCCAGAGGAUUUGGACAUGACUGUACGCGGUAAUCCUCUUAUUCGUGAUGAAAGAAGUUAUGAUCGAGAUUAUUUGCGAGUUAGACAUGAUGAGUUGUUUGCGGCGAUAACUGAGGAACAGCGACUUAUCUAUGAUGAGAUUUUGGAAGCUGUUUAUUCAAGCUCUGGCGGAAGGUUUUUUGUUUAUGGUUCUGGUGGUACCGGAAAAACAUAUCUGUGGAGCUUAUUAGGAACCGCGUUACGUUCAAAAGGUCAUAUUGUUCUGAAUGUUGCAUCAAGUGGAAUUGCUGCUUUGUUAUUGCAAGGAGGUCGGACGGCCCAUUCAAGGUUUGCAAUUCCAAUUGUUCUUAAUCAUUUUACGACAUGUGCAAUCAAAUCUCAAUCAAACCUCGCAGAACUGAUUGAUGCAUCUAAACUGAUAAUAUGGGAUGAAGCAUUAAUGAUGAGUAGGGAUUGUUACGAGACAUUGGAUAGAACGUUGAAAGAUAUAUUAAAAUGUGACAAGCCUUUUGGUGGUCAAGUUAUUGUUUUUGGUGGAGAUUUCAGGAAAAUUUUGCCUGUUAUUCCAAACGCAGGCAAUACAGAGAUUCUUAUGUUUACUUUAAAUUCAUCUCCCCUUUGGUUUGGACGUAAAGUUUGA